AGAUGGGGCGAGUAUGGACAGGCGAAGGAGAUGGAAUCAAUGUGCGAGAUCAUCAUGGAACAUUGUUAGGUGUAAUACUUGGCCGAGAUUUAUGUCAAAGUGGAGUUAUUAGUAAUUUUGCUAUAGUUGGCAAUCUAGUGAUAAUUCUGGCACAAGAGAAGGUGUGGCGAUUGGAAUUAGCAACUAGUGUGCUGUAA